CCGGCCCCGCCGUCAUGGCGGAGGAGCGCGGCUGCUGCGCGGUGACCGUCUCCGGCCCCGCCGUCACUCAGCCCGGCCCCGGCGGCUCCGGCAGCUGCAGCGGGGUGGUGCUGAGCCGGCAGCCCGGGCUGGUGCUGUGCCACGCCGCCGUCUUCGCUCCCUUCGUGCGGGCCGGGCCGCAGGCCUGGGCGCAGCCCCGCGCCCUGCCUCCCGACGCGGUGCGGGGCGGGCUGCGCAUCGCCGCGCUGCAACCGCCGGCCCGGGGCUUGGGCGGCGGGUACAGGAGGCACGAAGCCCGGCUCCUGGCGCUGGUGCCUUGCGGAGCCUUCCGGCAGGCGGUGGCCCAGGCGCUGGGCCCGGCGGAGGAGCCGUGGCGGUUCGGCGGGAAGGAGGAGGAGGAGGAGGAGGGCGGGCGGCAGGCCCUGCACUGGUUCGCCUGGCUGCGGGUGCCCGGGCUGGACUCUGCCGAGGGCGGCUGGACGGCCCGGGCUGACGCCGGCGGCCUGCGAAAGGGUGAGGUGCUGCUGGCCUGCGGGUCCCCUUUCGGUGCCCUGUGCCCGGACCUCUUCCUCAACACGCUGAGCAGAGGGGUGGUCAGUAACCUGGCCGGGCGGCAGAACGCUCUCAUCCUGACCGACGCCCGCUGCCUGCCCGGCACCGAGGGCGGCGGGGUUUUCCUGCCCUCGCCCGACGGGCCGCGCCUGGUGGCGGUCAUCGCCGCUUCCUUCUGCUGGAAGGGAGCCGAGUGGGUCGGGCUCACCUUGCUCUGCUCCCUCAGCGCCAUCCUGCGCAGCAGCGCCCGCCUGCUGGAGGAAGCCGGGCUGCGGGUGCCGCCGCCGGGGGAUGGGAGGCUGGCGGGGAUGCAGGCGGGGGCCGGGCAGGACCCCCUGGGCUGGGCGGUGCUGGUGGAGUGCGGGGCAGCCUGGGGGUCGGGGGUGCUGCUGACCCCCCGCCUGCUCCUCACCUGCCGGCACGUGUUGGAGGCGGGGGGCCCGCCCCGUGUGACCCCGGCGCCUGGCCCCGGCCGGGUUGCCACCGGCCUGGAGGGGCGCGUGGUGUUUGCCACCGAGGAGUCCUCCCCCUUUGACGUGGCGGUGGUGGAGCUGGAGGGGAGCGUGCCGGGCUUCUCCCCCCCCCGCCUGGCAGACACCUUCCUCCCCGGAGAGGAAGUGAGCGUGGUGGGCUUCGGAGCGCUGGGGAGGGCGUGCGGGCCCUCGGUGACAGCGGGGGUCCUGUCGUCCGUGGUGGCAGUGGCCGGGCACCCCGUCAUGCUGCAGACCACCUGCGCUGUCCACGGGGGCUCCAGCGGUGGCCCCCUCAUCUCCUCCCGCAGCGGGUGCCUCCUGGGGAUUGUGGCCAGCAACGCCCGGGACACCGGCGCCGGGGCUACCUACCCCCACCUCAACUUCUGCAUCCCCAUCAGCGUCCUGCAGGGCCCCAUCGAGCGGUACCGCCGCACCGGGGACCCCGCUGCCUUUGCCGAGCUGAACCGGGCGGGCCAGGGGGUGCGGGCAGCCUGGCGGCUCCAGCGGCAGCCGGGACCCCCCAGCAAGCUCUGAGCCCUGCCCUCGGGGGGCAGGGGGGGGGGCUGGACAUAGGAUUGGGCUGCCACAUCCCCUCUGUGGGCCCGCUGGUGUCAGGGCU